UACGUCUGAUUUAAAUUCGUUUCAAAUUUCGUGAUUCGUAAUGGAAUAUUCCGAAAGAUGGCAUUGUUCGAGCAAAAGUUAAGUUUAGGUUAAAAGAAAAAGUAAUAUGUAUAUCAAAGUCUAUCGAAAAAUAUUGAAUUAUUAUGGAAAGCAAAUACACACCGAUGUAUCUAGAAUUUUAUUUAAUCAAUAUUAUGAUGCGACUCACAAAAAAAGGAUACGUUCUUCGCGUUUAUAUUGGAGCGGUUUCGGUAUUUUGGUAAUGGGUUUUACUUAUGCUUCGGUGCCUUUAUAUAGAAUAUUUUGUCAGUCGUAUAAUUAUGGUGGAACGUUAUCUGUCAAUCAUGAUAACACCAAAAUACAAUCUAUGAAACCUUUUAAGGAUAGAGUGAUAAAAAUAAAAUUUAAUGCUGAUACAGCAGCUAUGAUGCAAUGGAAUUUUAAACCGCAACAAAAUUUCAUAAAAGUUAUGCCUGGAGAAACUGCUUUAGCAUUUUAUAAAGCGCAAAAUCCGUUGGAUGUACCGAUCACUGGUAUAUCUACUUAUAAUGUAGUUCCGUACGAAGCUGCGCAAUAUUUUAAUAAAAUUCAAUGUUUUUGUUUUGAGGAACAACGACUUAAUCCGCAUGAAGAGGUCGAUAUGCCAGUGUUUUUUUAUAUUGAUCCAGAAUUCGUUAAUGAUCCUAGAAUGGAGGAUGUAAAAGAAAUUGUACUUUCUUACACUUUCUUUGAAGCCAAAGAUGGGAUAAAAUUACCUAUGCCAAAUUUUAUGAAAAAAUGAUAAAGAUUAUAAUAAAAGAUGUGUUAGUAUUUCAACGAAUAUUUAUUUGAUAUUGUUUAUGAAUGUGAUGUAAAAUAUUAUUUUAUCUUUAUUUUCUAAAAAGAACUAUGCGAUAGGAUAUGAUGAUAUAAUGUAAUAAUAGUUUUAAUAAGUAAACGUUGAAAUUUAAAACUUAAAGAGAAUAUUAAUCGGGUAAGCGCGUCUAAGACUUGAAACCUUUUCUUGAUCGAUGUGUAUCGCGUCAAUUUUCAACGCAAGAUCGUGUUCCAAUGUUGUUUGUGCUUUUAAUAAGUUUUGAUGUUGAUUCUCUAAUUCUUUCAAUUUACUGUACAUUCUUUCCAUUUGAUGAUUUAUUUCGUCGAUUUCUUUUUGGAGACUGUUAACACGAUAUUUACAUUAACGUAAUUGUUGGAAAAUUUUUCUCUUUUAUCUUAAUUUACAAGAAUAAAGAAAUUUUAAAUAAAUUUACCUCAUGUGCGCGUAAUCACGACAAUGUUCGAUAUCCGGACGGUGCGUUCUAGUUUGUAAUCUGGUAUAUGCUACUUUUGAUACGUGACUCUUAUCUGCGAUAGCUUUAUGCAUCAAUUCCAAACUUUUUUCAACAUUGAAGAUUUCUUGUUGGACCUGUAAAAAAGAUAGAUUAAAUUGUUAUUUUGAUAUGU